CGUCAUCACGCACUUUAAUAAAACCAGCCCGCGGCCAUGUCUGAGAGGAGUCAUAUGUUUUUAAAGUUCAGGACAGAAGAUCCACAGACAGAAUGAUCUACAUCAUAAUGGGAGUCUCAGGCUGUGGAAAAAGCAACUUGGCGGCACAUCUUUCAGAAAAGCUGGACUGGACACUGCAUGAAGGGGAUGAUUUCCACCCACAGGAGAACGUUGAGAAGAUGGCUCAGGGUGAGCCGCUCACAGACGAGGACAGAUUUCCUUGGCUCCUGCGACUACAUAAAGUAAUUCAGAGAGAAAGAUGCUCAGGCUCAGAUGCUCUGGUGACAUGCUCCGCCCUGAAGCGUCUCUACAGGCAGAUCAUGCUGCACGGCUCCAGAGCCUUCGACCACGACAUCCUGCCUCCCGUCGCUCCCGAUGUCUUUUUCCUCUUCCUACAUGGGGACUACAGUCUCAUUCACCAGAGGAUGGUGGCCCGCAGGGGACAUUACAUGAAAGCCGACCUGCUGCGCUCCCAGUUUGAUGCUUUAGAGCCUCCGCUGGAUGAAGAGAAUGUGUUGUCUCUGGACAUCAGCAAGAGCAUCACUGAUCUAGGCACAGAGGUCGAGCAGCACAUUAUCGGCCUCAAGUCGUCUCCAGUGGUGCUGUAAUCACCACAGACAGACAGAGGGGUCAUCAUCAUCAUCGUCAUCGUCAUCAUCAUCGGGUCGGUCAGUUCGUCUGCCACUUUGGUCCAGACUGAAACAUUUGAUCAGCUAUUGGAUGGAAUUCCAUGAAAUUCUAUACAAAUGUUCAUGGUGCCAACAGGAUGAAGCGUAAUGACAAUGGUAAUUCUCUGAUGAUUCCUCUAGUGCCACCAGAAGUUUAUGUUUAUCAUUUUCUCAGUGAAAUAGCCCAACGUCUAUUCUCUGGAUCUGCACAAAAUGUAGUGCAGGAAGUCACGGCUCCCAGAUGAUUGAAUGUAAUCAAAUGUUUUGAUUGAAAAUUAUGACAUUUUAAGUAGUCAUAGAUUUAUUGACUUAUCACUUCACGUUCUACAGAAAAUGUUGCUUUUAUAUGAAAUGACUUUCUUAUGACUUUCUUUCAGUUUGGUUUGGAUGACAAGUAACUGGGGGACAGGAAAAUCAGGAGCCGGUAGAAACUCAUGUUGUUUUAGCACUUGACCUAACACUGAUCUUUGGGUUUAAUUGUUUUACCUUCAACUUCACAGGUUUCUUACCCAAUUGUAAAAACUUGUGGACAUGUUUGCAGCUUUGCUGAAGUUUGGAUUAGUUUAGUACCAAGCGACAGUUUUUAUAUAAUUUUUAUAGUCGGUCAAAGCAACUUUCAUGCUCUGACAUCGAAUGCCAACCAAUCUAACAGUACAAUCUUCAGGCAGAAUAGAACAGGGUGGAAUGACUACUGCUACACAUCACAGUGAGGCCGGUUUGACUCUUCUCACAACAUCAUGUAGUUUCCAUAUGAACGGUCACAUCAGGUCAGAGCUUAUUGAUCCCUGUUUUAAAACGUGAGCAUUAGCACAGUAUUCUCUAUCCCUCCAUCUCACUCACUCACUCACGCACACACACACACACACGUCCCUCCACUCAGCACUGCAGAGCUGUUUUUGUUGGUGUGACUCAUCUUCAAACCUCAACUCGAAUAUUUUAGGAGCUUCUAAUCCAGAAAACCCCCCUUGGCUGCUCUCGUAUCUCACACGUCCAGACGAACCGCCGCACAUACACACACUGCAACACACACACACACCACUGGAGAUUAAAACCCCCUCAACAGACGCACACAGGUUGUCAAGUGGGUCACACACACACACAUAUCUGAUGUUGUAGUAUGCGUCUUGUGUGUCAGUUACUCCAUAAGGUCUCCGAGAGCGAGGACACAAAGGCAGGAAUCAAAUAAAUCGAGAGCUGUCCUCACACUGCCACACGCAUCUUUUUUUUAUUAUUAUAAUAUCACCAGUGAAUAUGAGUUAAUACUUGUGAUGUUAGUUUUAACAUCACAAGUAUGUAAAGUUAAUUUAAGUAAUUAUAAACUGCACCCUUUACACAGCCAUAGAUGAGAUUUGUUUCAGAUUAGAACGAUUAUGUUUUGUAGCUUCAUAAUUCCAACCAUACAAAUCAGAACAACUAUUACUGAAGUCCAGUGCCCCCUGGUGCUUAUAGAAAUAAUGUUCAGGCUUGAAUAGUAAAUCAUUGUAAAAUACAUAAGUGUCUGAUUUGAGGGGUUUUCAUUGAAGGGCAUAAAAUAAUUGAUAUUACACUAGUCAUAAUUUAUCAGUGUUUUAUAAAUGACUGCGUUUUUAUCAGUCAAGAUGGCAGACGUGUUGGUUUUCGACUCCAUUGUCUUUAGUAAGACUGUCGGGUGACGCUGUUGACCUUUACACCAACUCUGGAUACAACAUUAUAGGUUUUUAAAUGAGGAUUUCUUCAUUGUGUCUGUUUUAUAUGAAUGGAAGUGGAUCAUCAGCUGGCUGUUAGAUUAAAAGUCGAGUUAUAGCCACAUGGGGCGCUGAUUAAUAAAACUCAUCAAACUGCAUAUUUA